UUUUCUCGUUUUUAAAUGAUAAUUAAAUUCUAAUUUUUGACAGAUUUGAAAUUUAUUUAUUAAAUAAUAAGUAAUGAAUACAAUUUUUUCAAAAUUCGUGGGUGUCAAAUUUAAAAUGUAAAAAUAUUUUUACUAUCCUUGUUUAUUUCUUAUAUUUAAAAACAAUGACUAAUACCAUUCUUGUGUCUCCUGUAUUCAGAAUUUCUUGCUUAUUUUUAAAAAAAUUAUCUCUUCGAUACCUAUCUUCUAAAAAACCAUUGAUAUCACAUUAUGAAGUUCUUAAUCUUAAACAAGAAUGUUCUAAGACAGAAAUUCGUAAUGCGUUUCUAAAACUGUCCAAAUUGAAUCAUCCUGAUAUUUGUGGUCCAUCUUCUAGUGCUAAAUUUGUUCUUAUAAAUGAAGCAUACAAUGUAUUAAUCAAUAAUGAAAAGCGGAAGCAAUAUGAUGAAACUUUAGUUUAUGCCAAUAGUAGAAACUCAGUUUAUCAUCAUUAUCCACAAAAUCAACCUAAAAAAAAUUGGAAAGAAUCAUAUGAUGAUCCUGAUAAUUACUGGCUUUCAUCUAAUAUAACACUUGCAAGUGUUUUUAUUGCAAUAAUAGUUGUUGGAUCAGUUAUUCGUUAUUACGGUGCAAAAAAGUCUUCUUUUAUUAGAAGUGAAUUUUUAAGGAAAACUGAUGAACACUUAUUAUUUUUAGAAGAACAGAGGUUAAUGAAAGGUAAUAAAACUAAUGAAGAACUACUACAAAUUUUCAAAAAUAAUAUAGCUAAUGUAGAUAUUAAAAAAUAAUAUAAGUACAUAAAAAAUAUGGUGUUAUGUUAAAAUUAAUUAAUUUUAUUUUUAAAAAUUGUUAUAAAUUAUCUUUUGAUUAAUUAUUUUAACAUAAUUUAAUGGUAUUCAAUAUCAAAAUAGACACACAGUAUUAAAAAUAAAAAUUGUUUGACAUGCAACUAAAUGUGUUAGACUAACCGUCUUUUCUAGCACGAGGAAUAGCUUUUAGAUAAAAUUAUUAAAAACAAAAAAUAGGCUAGUCUAAUAAAUUGAAGUUCACACCCUAAUAAGGUAUAAGCAUAGAAGACAAACACAAAUUAACGAACUAAGAAAAAAAUGAUCAAUAUUAUUACAUAUUUGUAAAUUCAAUGUUACCAUUUUAUUUUUAUAUUUGCUUAUUAUAUAUUUGUUUUACUUCAAUAAAUUUUUAUUAAAAAUUUAAAAUCUUAUUUUACUAAAAAUAUUCUUGUAAUCGAAAUUAAGGUUAACUAUUAAUAAUUACCAAAAUGAAAAAAUACUACUAUAAUUAAUUAUGGACUACAU